AGUGCGGGACCACGCGAGCUUAGCUCCCAACCCGUCGACCCCUGUACAAGGCUGAUCUUCGAACUUUAAUUUUUGUUUACUUCGUUGUGCUGACUGGACUGAACUCUUCUCAAAGUUUUGAUUUACAUUGGCGUGAUCCCAUUAUCGCGACACAAACGCAUUCCAAUCUCAUACACGAGCGGACAUCCAAAUACGGUUUCUCAACAUGAGUUUCCUCACUAGCCUCACCGCAUACUUGCCUCAACAUGAAGGUGUACUUCCCCAAUGGCUUCUUUUCAUCUCCGUAACGUCUCUUUUCAACACCGUCCAAUGCUAUUUUACUCUCCACUUUAACUCCCAAAUCUAUAACGCCAUCCCCAAAUCCAACAACCCACUCAGCAAAGGUACCUCCCAAUCCUACCCGUUAACCACAUCUGCCACUCCUCUCUCUUCACGCACAUUCGGAACAUGGACUCUUAUCACUGCGAUCGUUCGUCUUCAAACCGCAUAUUAUAUUAGCAACCCACAAAUAUAUCAAUUGGGAUAUGCGACAUUUAUUGUUGCGUGGUUACAUUUCAUGGGAGAGUGGUUGGUGUUUGGCACUACGAAGAUGGGCAGGGGAUUAGCAGGACCAGCCGCGGUGUCAACGGGGACUUUGAUUUGGAUGUGGAUGCAGUGGGGAUUUUAUGUCAGAUGAGGGAAUGGGAUGAGGGAAUAGUUGGACGAGAGAAAGAAGAGAAGAGGCUACAUAUAAUGAGUGGAUUUGGACGCAGUAGUUGAGACUGCAUUCAAGGCAUUUUGAGCGAUUUUGGGUAUGGUAACAACUAUUGAGAUCCUUCAAAAGGAGUCAGAGUUUUUCCCGAUACUAUCCCCUACUCGGUGUCGUUUUGAAUGAAUGCCGACCUCAAUUUAGCUAGUGUAUAUCACACUAAAAUCUGUUAAAAGUCACCUAUUUCAAAAUUCUAUAUCAAUUCAAUUAGAAAAAGUAAAGAUAUAAAACUCUAUAAGUGAUUAGAUAUUUAAUUAAAUUUUAUAUAUAUUUUU